AUGCAGGCACAGAUAUGGCACACACUGGCGGCAAAAUGGGGGUCGCAUUUGGCCUUGCGGGCCUUUGACGCACAAGGAGACUACCUCAACGCAUUGAACUUUGCCCAAAACAACAUUUUGGAAGUUAACAAGAGUGUGCUGCGAGGGGAAACAGUGGCUGCAGUGGAGGCUCGGAUCCACAAUGCCUGCUCCGAGGAGGCAGAGGCCGGUGGCAAAGACCAGGAUCGUCUUGCGCUGCUUAUACUCGAAGCUCGAGCAACCGACACGCUCUUCUUGCCGGCCCAUAUGCGACACCCCGGCGGUCCCAGCGCCUCAUUUUGGGGCGGCCUACAUUUCCUCGUCGAGGACAUGGUCAUUUCCUGGGAAGACUGCUGGGAAACGAUGCGCUCCGAGUACCGCUGCAACUUCAUCUCCUUUACUGCCCGUCUGUUUGCCACCGGGGCAUGCUGCGACUGGAUUGCCUUGUGUGGCCUACAUCUCCUGCGCGAGGUGCUCGAAACCCCAAUCCCGAUGCUCCCCAAGUCGCAGCAGCUUGACAACGACAGCGGUUCCAAGCCAGCGGCGCCGUUUGUCCCUCGACUGCAGACCCCAAUCUCGUUCGACCCCAAGACGGCGCUCGAGCUGCUCCCCGCGCUGCGCAGCUUCCUCGACUUUGGGAGCGCCCGACUCGCGGCCCUGUGCAACUUGUCAGCCGAUGCCGGGCCCCUCCCCACGGGACUGGAACACCUACGCGGCGACUUGGGGAGAUGUCCGAGGUUUGCACGUCGGGCACGAGUGAUGGGCUGGUGGCCGGCGAGGCGGCGACCUGCCUUGGGCGCAUGUGGGACAAGGAGGGGUUGAUAGCCGGGCCGUUGACGCAGGGAAAGACGGCGACUCUGAGUGAGGAUCUUGCGAGGCGGCAAAGGGUAGGACUGAUGGCUGCUUCCCUGCCACAAUGCAUGUCUCCGGAGUUGGUUCUACAAGGACGUAGUAAUCUCUCGAUGCCCUGACGAAAUAGCUGGCUGGAGGCUGCUGCAGCAAGACAUGUAAGCCAUAGCAAGCACUCAAAGUACCCUUGCUGUAAAAGUCAAAUUAAUACAAUAUGGCGGCUGAGAAAAGGAGCGGAGACGCUAAUUGCUGUUCCGGUCCUCCCCCAAUCGUUCAGUUGCCCUCUUUAGCCCGUUGAUGGACGAGGUAGUGAGUUAUACGAGGAGGCGAUGUGGUGGGCGCGCUUGAUAGAGCACGACACUGUCUCGUGGGUUGCCAUCGUCACCACCAGGUGCACCCUGGGAGGUGUAUCGGAGUGAGUCGUCAGUUUGGGAGAGCCUUGAAUCAUAUUCGCAACAUGUCGGCGCCUUGCACUACUCGCAUGCACGUUAGCUCCUUUCGCUCCCCAG